AUGACCACCGCCAAUGCAAUCUUGUUAAUCGUCUGUCCAGAUGUGGCGGGGAUCGUCGCGUCUCUAUCGUCGUUUGUUUUGCAACAUGAUGGGAACCUCGUCGAUGUGGACUUUCAUACGGAUAGGGAGCAGAAGCUGUUUUUGGGGAGGUUGGAGUGGAGUCUAGCAUCGUUUGCAUUAAACCGUCAAGACCUUCAAUCCGCCCUUGCAACACUCUGCGAUCCCUACAAUGGCCGCUGGCAGCUCCAUUUUUCAGACACACCCCAACGCAUUGCCCUGUUUGUAUCCAAGCAAGACCAUUGUCUUUUAGACCUGUUGCAUAGGACUACGUUUAAGGAUAUACCGAAUGCUGAAAUCGUUGUUGUGAUUUCCAACCAUCAUGGGCUGCAAGCAAAAGUCCAGGCACAUGGUCAAAUUUCAGGAAUUCCAUUCCAUGUCUUGACCAUCACAAAGGAGAACAAAGCCCAAAUCGAAGCCGACCAACUGGCCCUCCUGAAAGAAUACAAUGUCGAUCUCCUCGUGCUUGCAAAAUACAUGCAAAUCCUUUCACCCACCUUCCUCUCAACAUUCCCCAACACCAUCAACAUCCACCAUUCCUUCCUCCCCGCUUUUGUUGGUGCAAAACCGUACCACCAGGCCCAUGCGCGGGGCGUCAAAAUCAUUGGGGCAACGGCACACUUUGCAACGGUGGAAUUGGAUGCGGGUCCGAUUAUUGAGCAGGAGGUUGUCAGAGUUUCUCAUAGGGAUUCUGUGGAUGAUUUGGUGAGAAAAGGUAAAGAUGUUGAGCGGACUGUGCUGGGAAGGGCGGUGAGGUUACAUUUACUUCGGAGGGUGCUGACGUAUGGAAACAAGACGGUGGUGUUUGCGUAGAAGGGAUAAUAGUGAUCUUGGACAAAAUAUACGAAAAUAGUUCAUCUCAUCAUUGGAUUUACAGUCAUA